AUGAGUACUCACGCUCCUGGGGUCAGACGCCCCACAAAACGUAACGGAGGCCGUUCGGCUCCUACCACCCCUCGCGGAGAAUUCGCAGCUCGAAAGCCUCGAACAAGUUCGCAGAAGAAAGAGUGGGAUUCGACGACACAGGACUUGUCCGCGUUGAAACUGUCACCACUGCAACUGAGAUUACGGAAAGCAAAUGCUGAGAGGUACACUCAUGAGCUUCGGGCGUUUGCCAAAGCAGCUCAAGCAAAAUCUGCAGAAGCCACCGAGUCGGAGGAGGAAACAGAAAAUCCCAUUACCACAACUCUCCAGAACAAUGAAAAUAAGCCAUAUCCCUUCCCAUCUACAGCUCCUCCUGCAAUAAGCAUCUCCAGUAUACGGCCGCCAUCACCCACACGGCGCCGAGGGUGGGGCCACCAUGGAGAGGUCGACUUUGAAGGAGAGUUGAAGGUGUGGGAGAAAACGAAUCGAGUUUUAAGAAAGCCGAAUCGAACGAUAGAUGUCCAGGACACUGCUAAUGUACCUGAAAAAAUACGAGCACCCUUACGCGAAGUCAAUGAAAGCGUUCCCCGAGGCCCUGACUUGGAUAUGGCUAAAGGGUCGCAUUCUCGAAAGUCAAUAAGAGCAACUCAACCAUCCUUUACGAUUCCUGUUGAUGAAUUGCGAGAGACCGCGGAAGGCAUCGUACACUGGACGAAUAGCAUUUCUUCUCAGUUGGAUGAACCUACAAUUCCAAUUUCGGUGGACACACUUGCCGACCUGGAAAACCAGGAUGCAGAAGCGGGUACUCGCACUUGUCUCAAACUUAUACGUGAUCUAAGCAGCCGAAGUACCAAACUAAUGUCCAAAUUAGCCAAAACUCACGAGGUGCAGAAUCAUCAAUAUGAUGCCCUGGAAAAGCGGAUGGAUGAAAUGGAAGUAUGGGUGGUCUCUUUGCAAACGGAAAAUGCACAGGCAAAGUCUCAGAUCGAUGCACUACAACAGCAAUUGAAGGACGCCAAAGAGUCCCAUGGUCGAGAAAUGAGUAUACUUAAUGAACGGCUGCAGACUUUACUGAUCUCCGAGGAAACAAGGGCAAUCGAUUACGCUGUUAAGCAAGCUCUAGCUGGGAGUGCAGCGCUGUUGGCACAGAAGGGGGAAUGA